AUGGGAAAGCCUGCUCUGGUCGAUAGAAACAGAUCGGCCGAAGAUAAACAAGAGAUGUAUGAUGGAUGGUCAGAAGCCAACAAGGGAGAAGGAAAAGAGAAAGGCCAGGAAAAGGGCAAAGGAAAAGACCAGGAAAGCACCGAGAAGGACCACAAGGGAAAGGGAAAAGCGAAAGGCCAGGAGAAAGGAAAGGAGAAGGGCCAGGAAAAGGGAAAAGGAAAGGUGAAAGGCCAGGAAAGUACAGAGAAGAGCCAGGAGAAGGGAAAAGGAAAGGUGAAAGGCCAGGACAAGGGCAAGGGGAAAGGCCAGGAAAGCACCGAGAAGGGCCAAGAAAAGGGGAAAGGACAGGAGAAAGGCCAGGAAAGCACCGAGAAGGGCCAAGAGAAGGGGAAAGGAAAGGAGAAAGGCCAAGACAAGGGCAAAGGGAAAGCACAGGAGAGCACCGAGAAGGGCCAAGAGAAGUGGAAAGGAAAGGAGAAAGGCCAAGACAAGGGCAAAGGGAAAGCCCAGGAGAGCGCCGAGAAGGGCCAAGAGAAGGGAAAAGGAAAGGAAAAGGGCCAGGAGAAGGGCAAAGGAAAAGCCCAGGAGAGCACCGAGAAGGGCCAGGAGAAGGGAAAAGGAAAAGAAAAGGGCCAGGAGAAGGGCAAAGGAAAAGCCCAGGAGAGCACCGAGAAGGGCCAGGAGAAGGGAAAAGGAAAGGAAAAAGGCCAGGAAAAGGGCAAAGGGAAAGCCCAGGAGAGCACCGAGAAGGGCCAGGAGAAGGGAAAAGGAAAGGAAAAGGGCCAGGAAAAGGGUAAAGAGAAAGGCCAGGAAAGCACCGAGAAGGGCCAGGAAAAGGGAAAAGGAAAGAAGGGCCAAGAGAAGGGGAAAGGAAAGGAGAAAGGCCAAGACAAGGGCAAAGGGAAAGCCCAGGAGAGCACCGAGAAGGGCCAGGAGAAGGGAAAAGGAAAGGAAGAGGGCCAGGAGAAGGGCAAAGGAAAAGCCCAGGAGAGCACCGAGAAGGGCCAGGAGAAGGGAAAAGGAAAGGAAACAGGCCAGGAAAAGGGCAAAGGGAAAGCCCAGGAGAGCACCGAGAAGGGCCAGGAGAAGGGAAAAGGAAAGGUGAAAGGCCAGGAAAGCACCGAGAAGGGCCAAGAGAAGGGGAAAGGAAAGGAGAAAGGCCAAGACAAGGGCAAAGGAAAGGCCCAGGAGAGCCCCGAGAAGGGCCAGGAGAGGGAAAAGGAAAGCACCGAGAAGGGCCAGGAAAAGGGGAACGGAAAAGAGAAAGGCCAGGACAAGGGCAAGGGGAAAGGCCAGGAAAGCACUGAGAAGGGCCAAAAAGGGGGCAAAGGCACUAAGUUUGGCCUGGUCACUAGACAGGGCAUGGAAGACCUGUUCGGUUCCAGAGACAACAAUGAUCAGUGGUGGGGUCCCCAGGAAGGCUCCUCCUGGGAAGGUCGUGCUGUUGCACCGGAAAAGAGCCUGCCAGAUCAGUGGGAGGAUCCCCAGUCAAAGAAGCCACGCCGCAGCUUCACGCGGCAGUCCUGGGCCAGUGAUGUUACGGAAGAGAGCCAGGACCAGGUUCGAAGGCUGACAGAGGAACAAAGGACUCAGAUUGAAGCUCUGGAGAAACCCGAGGACAUCGACCUGGCCGAACGGAAACGCCUCAACGAGGGCCUUCGCCGGCGAAUGAACAGUGCCAAAGGCCAGCCUGUGAGACUACGCAAGGGUCUGGUUGAACAAUGGCAGGCGGCAGUGUCGCCAACGGAGAAGUUUCAAUUCUUGAAGGCAUAUCUUCUCGACCGGGACAUGCCCUCCAUCGAGAUUCAGCCGUACUUCGAGGAGCCACUGGUCUGGUCCUAUAGAAUCUUAACCUCAAAGCUUUAA